AGGUUAACUAUAGAACCCUUCAUUUGUUUUGCGAUAAAUUUGUUUCAUCCCACAUCUACACAGUCUUGCUAAUAACGAUCGAUAUUGCAAAUUCGAUAUAUUUCCAAUUCCACAUACUUCCAAUUCCACCAGCUGACAAGAUAUUUUGAAUUCCGCCACAGAGAAGAGGAGAAUCCCUUCUCUGUGGUUCCGCCGGUCUGCACGAUAUUCGGAGUUCCGCCUGUCAACAUAUUCGGAGUUCCAUAUAUUUCCAAUUCCGGCCAGCUGCAAGAUAUUUUGAGUUCCAGAUAUUCCCAAUUCAUGCGACCCUCUGAGACAAAUAGAAGCUGCUGAGUAGGCUAUGAUAUUAUUUUUCAUAAAUUAACCUCUAAAACUCAAUUUUGGAACUCUUGGAAGAAAGGUUGAAACUUCCUAUCUUUCAAAUGUUAGUUUUGAAAAAGUGUGCAUCAUGUAUGAUAAUGUGACUUGUGUUAAAAUCAGUGAAUUUUAAACAUUUGAUCAUAAAUAAGAAAUAAUGAGCUUUGUUGCAAAUUGUGAAUCACAUCAAAACCAUAACAAUUCAAAUGAAACCCAAGGUUUUUUGUUUGAAACUGAUUUUCCAGAAUUGAAAGCUAAUCCAGAUUAUAAGAAAUUAAUAGAAACUAUGAUAGAACUUAUUCAAUUGAGAGCAGUAACUGUACAGAAAACUGAACACAUCUUCACACUAAUUCAACGCCUAAAAAAUGAUCCUGAUUUAUUUAUAGAAAACUUUGUAGAAGGAAGAAUUGAGAUACCGUGCGAAUCAUCACUCACCAUACCGGAGGUUCCUGAAAUUGAUUUUUCACAUUACAAAUUUCCCAAAACUGAUUCCAACGGAGAUGAAAUCGCUGUGCAACAAUUUAUUUCCAAGUAUUUAUUCAAAGAAAAUGAACAAUCUCAGACCGAAGAUAAGAAAGGAAGUAAGCUUGUGGUUAGAGGGAGAGAGUAUAAUAAUAGUAAACCGCAAACUUUCAAUCAGCUGUGGACGGCUGAAGAGCAACUACGCUUAGAAGAGCUUCUCUUGAAAUAUCCUCCUGAGCGUAAGGAGAGUCAACGAUGGGUGAAAAUUGCGGCAGCUCUGGGUAAUCGAACUCCAAAGCAAGUGUGUAGCAGGGUACAAAAAUAUUUCCUCAAACUUCGCAAAAUGGGAUUUUCAGUGCCUGGUCGAAACCCAAGAUCAUCACACCAAAAAAAUAAACCCAGAGCAAUGAAGAAGAAUUUCGUUGAUAAGAAUACUACAUUUUUCCCCAAGAUCAAAGAUUCACAAUCAGGCACAAUUAUUCCAAUAACUGAUGAAGACAGAUUUGAUGAAACAUUAUGUGAUACGAUUGAAAACAGUGAAUGCUACACAACGAGUGAAAUGGAGAGUGCGGAUUGGCUAACAGACUCGAAACGUCUUGAGAUCUUGCUAAGAAUAAAAUCUGACAAGGAAAAGAAGAGUCAAGUUAUUCAACAUUUUAAUAUAACCUGUUGGAACUGCGGCGUGAAUCCGAUUGUUGACAUGAGGUGGACGUGCUUUGAGUGUGCGUCAGUGCACUUCUGCUCGGACUGUGUGGCUGCCAUGGUAAGCAACAACUUCAGGCUGUCGCGUCAUCCCGUCAGUCAUCAGCUGGACCCGGUUGCGUCAUUCGACAGUGUCAGGGACCCAGACUACUUACCGCACAACUUCAAUUCUGCCAGCUACUUGGAUCCCAACUUCAUUCUGCACUAGGUCUAACUAAUCUACUGCUCAACCAGCAUCUGGUAUCCUAAAGUCUAGAAUAUUACUCGUAAAUUGAAUUCUUGAAAGAGCUAAUAGAUGAAAAGUAGUGGUGGCCUGAGGAGCUAUCUUCUAAUUCUUUUAUCUGAUUAUGUGUCAAGGCUCACUUUAUAGAUAGCUAAGAGACCUGUUCAUAUUAGUUUCUACAGCCAUCAGAAAAUAGCAUAUAUGUCACUGAAUGAGCCAAGUUCUAUUGUCUUCAUUGUGGCACUUAAGCUCUAUUUUUGAGUUUUGAUGAUGUGAGGACAAAUUUCUCUUCUACGAAUUUUGUACCUUCAUCAUUUUUACUUGUCCAGAAUAUAGAUAGAAGGUUAACAUUCAAGUACAUAAGCUAAUGUGUAUUGUUAAUAUUAUUGAAAAUUUAAUUAUUAAAUUACAUAUUACUAGUAGUUCUGUGAACAGUAGACCUCACGCAGUAUUCUCAUCCACAAGUACCUGAUGUCACCUGUUUUAAAUGUUAA